AUGGUCGGAAAGCUUAGAAGAAAGAUCCCAUUGGAUAACCAAGAUGUUAAUACCCAGCCGGCGAAAAGGAUGUGCUUAAAAAAAAAUAUCCUAUUGGAAGAUUUGAAUAAGGAGAAUAUUCCGAUUGAAAUACCUUACUUAAACGAAAGCCCUCAAUCAGCUAGCAGCAGCCUUACAGGGGUUUUGAACUUACAUCUCGAAAAACAAUCUCCACAACGCAAAAGGCUGUCCACCAAUAUAGAGACGGACACUGUGUUAGAUACGAAAAAGCAAGAAGUUUUGACUUCUUUAAAGUUAGAAGAAUUACAAGAUAAUUUUAAGGACCUUGAAAGAAGAUUAAGCAUUCAAAAUCGUGAUUAUUUCAUCAAAGACGCUCACUAUUCAGAUGAAGAUUUGACGAAGUGUAGAACUAAUUUUUUGUUUGAAUUGGAAUGCUUACCAAACUUGAGCUGGUCUCAAAAAGGUAACCUUCGAACUGCUAGCUAUAUUCCGUCAGUGUACCAAAAGUUGGACCCAAAUUGGUAUUUUUCACAGGCGUUUUCAAUUGAUGAUUUUACCAACUUGCCUGAAUCAGUUAAGCCAUUCUAUAUAUUAAACCCAAUGAAUGAAGUACCAGAGUGCAAUAACCAACAAAUUGAACCAGUUGGACCGGAAAAGGCAACUGUGCAUAUUGAAAACAUCGAACCUCUUUCUAAAAUGAUACCCAGCUCCAAAUUAAAAUUCCGUGCUAAGUCGUGUGCUUUUGAUGAAGAUAUUGAUUGCCAACUGUUGUUUAAGCAGAAAAUUUCAGAUUGUAACUAUUACGAAGACGAAGUUGAUCAAAUAUCACUACCAGAUAGUUUGGAUCACUGUAGAUCUGUUAAGAAAAAGGUUACGGACGGAAAGAAAUCUUUGAACAGAAACUCUAUUCUAUUCCACACCGAUAAAAGGAACUAG